GUAGCACUUCGACCAUCAAAGCGAAAGGAUCGCCGCAGGAUGAGUGACUUCAGCAUCGAGUAUAUUUUAAACCGAGCCGGGGACAGAUAUGUGGGCACCAACGCCUCCUUGGGAGUCCUGCAGCGACUCCGUGCCAGCUUGCCUUUCCAUCCGUACGCCCACCCAGCAUCUUAUUCCUCGAAGGAGUCUCCAGGAUCUCCUCCCGCCUCGGCUGCGGAGGCUCAGCUUCCCGUCUACGACUGGCUGCAGUACACCCGCUACCAUCCACCCAAGUUGCCCAGGGCCCUCCGGCAAAAUGCGCCCGCAAAAAGAACUCCUGGUCGUCUGCCCCGCAUCCCAUUUACUCCGCAGCAGCUGCAGGCCUUGGAAAGUGCCUACAAGGAGUCUAACUACCUAAGCGCUGAGGACGCCAAUAAACUAGCGGACUCCUUGGAGCUGACCAACACGCGGGUCAAGAUCUGGUUUCAGAAUCGAAGGGCUCGCGAGCGACGGGAGAAACGCGAAAAGGACGAGAGCUGUGACUCCACCUUCUCAUCGAACGCCUCCAGUCCGGAACCGGAAAUGAUCGUUGUAUCUUGAUCAUGAGCUGGAUUAUGAUUAUGAGCUUGAUCAUGGACUGUAAUUGUUACGAAUUUAGUGGCUUUCUGUAAAUAUAAUUCAUAGGCUUAAGUAGUAC